AGAUGACUUCACAAUCCAUCAAGCCUCCAAUGGCCAAAAUUCUCCCUAAACUCAUCGUUUUCUUAGCCAUCUUCAUCACCUUCUCGACGGUUGCCGUCGACGGCGAAUCUCACAGCUUUUCUAAGACUCUACCACCGGGAUCCAUGAAGCUUAAGCGUGAGAAGGUAAGUCACCUUCACUUCUACUUCCAUGAUACUGUUAGUGGCCGUAACCCAACUGCCAUAACGGUUGCUCAAGCAGAAUCCUCAAAGACAUCACCAACAACGUUCGGUAGGAUGAGGAUGAUCGACGAUCCAUUAACGGAGAGUCCAGAGAAUACAUCGAAAAUCGUGGGAAGAGCUCAAGGGAUCUAUGGAUUUGCAUCACAGAGUGAAUUGGGUCUCUUAAUGACACUUAAUUAUGCUUUCACUGAAGGGAAGUAUAACGGGAGCACACUCAGCAUAGUUGGGAGAAACACAGUGUUGUCGGAGGUAAGAGAGAUGCCGGUGGUCGGAGGGAGUGGACUUUUCCGGUUCGCUCGAGGCUAUGCUCUUGCCAAGACUCACUGGUUCGAUCCUAAAUCUGAGGAUGCUGUGGUGGAGUAUAAUGUUUAUGUCAUCCAUUACUGAUCCAUGAUGCUUAAUUUCGAUCUCCUUUCA